GAUGAUGUACGGAGUUGAUUCCGACAAAAAUUUAUGUUUGAAUAUUAUUGUCUUUCCCUGGCGAUUACGAACCUUCAAAUCGACAGGCGCAUUCGUUCUUGGAGAAGCUGACCCAACGUCAAGGCAGUCAGUGUAUCACUUCCUACGUGGAGUGCCAAUGUAGCCUACGAAGAAGGAGAACCGUGGAUUGUGAGAAAGAUGAAAUGUGGCUAUCCUCGCUUCUUCGUUCAUCCCGUCAUUCAAGAGCUUGCGAGGGAAGUUGUAAAACUCCAUGGAAAUACCGAAACCGAAGCGGCCUCGUUGUUUCCGUCACCCAAGACUGCAAGCGUAUGCCGGUCGUUCAUUCUUUCAAGGAUUCCCUCCCAAGAAUCGCCAAGAAUCCGUAUUAUCAACUUCGUUCCUGCCCCUCACACAGAGUCCCGGGAACAGACGAUAAGGUCGCCCCUAUCGUGUGUGAUCUACCCAACAGAAUAUGCUUAUAUGGCCAAGCAAGUAUGGCAACACAGUGGAAAUGGAAUAUCAAGCCGUCGGGGCGAAUUUUGUCUAAGCGCGCUGCGAGAUGGAUUCCUUGUGGAGGAUAAGGAACCUGCACAAGUUGAGCAAUCGUCACAGAAAUUUUCUAAGGGUCCACGGCGAUAUCAGGGAAGAGGAUCAGCGAAUGGUAUAGUUCGUGGUGGUUCAGUCCCUGCCUCGGCCCCUGACUGGUCGACGGAGAAUACUGAAACUCAGGACAGCCGUGAAUACGUCCAAUUUAUCGAGGAGCGCUUCGGCAGGAACUUGAGCGUUUUACUGGCUGAUCAAGCGAAGCAAGCUGUUCGCAGACGAAUCGCGGGCGUUCUCACUGCUAACGUCGAUUUAAGUGACGCUCUUGAUGAAGCAUCAGGAGAGGGUAGAGUAGCAGGGUUGACCGAUUCCGAUGUUUUUCUCUUCCCGAGUGGUAUGAGUUCAAUCUUCAAUACGCACCAGAUCCUUCUGGCCGCUAGAGGUCCUUUGAAAAGCAUAUGCUUUGGAUUCCCCUACAUAGAUACCCUGAAGACGCUUGAGAAAUGGGGUCCUGGCUGCCUGUUCUAUGGACAUGGUUCCUCUGAAGACCUAGACGAUCUGGAAUCCCGACUGCAAGGAGGCGAGAGAUUUCUUGCGCUUUUCACCGAAUUUCCGGGAAACCCAUUACUCAAAUCUCCUGAUUUGAAGAGAAUAUAUGCACUUGCACAGAAAUAUGACUUUGCAGUGGUGGUAGAUGAGACGGUGGGCAACUUCUUGAACAUCAAUGUGCUCCCUUAUGCAGACAUUGUCGUCAGCAGUCUGACAAAGGUCUUCAGUGGAGAUAGCAAUGUUAUGGGAGGAAGUGCUGUCAUCAAUCCACAUGGGCGCUGUUAUCAGGAACUGCGAACCACUUUCAGCCGUGAAUACGAGGAUAAUCUCUGGGCAGAAGACGCUGUUUUUUUGGAGAGAAAUAGCCGUGAUUUCGUGUCUCGAAUUGAAAAGAUAAACAAUACCACCGAAGACAUAACAGCCUUGCUAAAGGAGUCCCCAGUCGUGAAAGAUGUUUACUACCCUAAGUACAACACUUCGAGGGUUUUCUACGAGGACUUCCGUACCCCAAUGGUGGGUAUGGUGGUCUGUUCUCCAUCACCUUCCACUCUGACGCUGAAGCCAUCGCAUUUUUCGAUCAUCUCGAAGUUCUCAAAGGCCCUAGCCUUGGAACAAAUUUCACGCUCAGUUCGCCAUAUACGCUACUCGCACAUUACAAUGAGCUCGACUGGGUAAGUAUUGCGUUGUUCGCCCCAAUUCUCCUUCUGUGGCUCGAUGUUUCGCUCCCUUCCCCUGGAUUUAGCCCCCGCUCACUGCCCAUUGCAGGCUGCUUCGUUUGGUGUUGAGUCGAACUUGGUGAGAAUAAGCGUGGGUUUGGAGGAUGUAUCGAGUCUCCGCGACCAAGUCCAGCGAGCCCUCGCGGCAGCAGCUGAAGCGAAGGAUUAAAUCAGGAUUGAUUUUCUUCGAUUUUGAGGCUCGGAUACCUUGGUACUGGGGCUACCGUCUCGCUCGGAAAUGCCUACGAAACGGGGCUCGUUCUCCACAGUUAUUGCUGCCUAUCCGCCAGCAGAAAAGUAUUUAAUCAAAAUAAGUGGCGGUGUGC